GUUAAAAAUGUGAUUGUGUAAUUUAUAGUGUGUACUUACUCCUUAGUGCUUAUAGUAUUAUUUACUUACUGUCUACUGUUUGUACUCUAAUAGUGUCUGUACUCUGUACUGCGUAUCCGUUCCCUAUAAUUUUUAUCAUGCUAAAUACUUCUAUAGACUAUAAUAACUAAUGCAUAAUAUAUAUUAAUAUAAGAGAACUUCAUAUUGUUUUAUGAUAUUGUGUAGUGUGUACUUAAUUACAACGUUGUAGAAAAAACUAGUGAAGGUACCUAAUGUCGAUUUUAUUUGGAUGUGUUACGAAUUGUUAUCCAUAUUUUACGAAUAUAUCUAAAUUGUUUUAUGUAUGUAAUUUUGUUCUAAAAUAUUAAUUAAAUAAGACAAUACUUCAAAUAGUUUUAUGAAAAUGUUUAUUUAAUAAUAUAUCCAUCAUUGGACUAAGUUGAAUUAUGUCAACUUUUUCAUUGCUCAAUUGCACAUUUAUUCAUUGCUAAAUGGAAUCAGUAAACGUCGAAACUAAAGAAGACAUUUUGCAAAGACACAGAAAUGAGAAAAAAGACAUGCAAUGUAAGAUUCAAUCAAUGAAGAAGUCUGUAGCAAAAGGUGAUCGGAAGAAGAAGAAAGAAGUUGCUGAGCAAACAGCAGAAAUUGAAGCCAAAUUAAAGCAUAAACAUUUAGAAGAACUAAAUACAUUUACAGAAGAAGAUGAAGAACCAUCUCUGAUAAAAAAUUUACAAGAAGUUAAAAUUAAUGGUACUGCUGCUAAAGUUAGUAGAGCUGAAAAAAGGCGAUCAAAAAAAAUCACUCAACUGAAAGAGAGACAAGCAUUAAUUGAAGAACAUGAUAUUCAAAACAUUGGCGGAACACGACAUCUAGAAACUCAAACAUUAGUUAGGAAACUCAAAAAUCUAGGUUUUGUUAUUUUUGAUAUUCCUUCAGACGGCAAUUGCUUGUAUAGUGCUAUUGUACAUCAGCUUAAAGAAAUAUGUGGACAGACUUUUACUGUACCCGAAAUUCGACUUAAGACUUCUGACUUUAUCAAAUGCAACAAAGAUGACUUUAUACCUUACUUAAGUCAUCCAGAUACUGGAGAAAUGUUAACUGAUCAACAAUUUAUUGAAUAUUGCUAUCAAGUAGCAAAUUCAGUUCAAUGGGGUGGUGAAAUUGAACUGAGAGCUUUAUCCCAUAUAUUCAAAAUACCAAUCAAAGUAAUUCAAGCUGAAGGAUCUGAUAUAACUAUUGGAAUAGAGUAUACUAAUUGUAAUAAAGCAUUAAUAUUAGUGUUUCACCGACAUAUGUAUGGUUUAGGUGAACAUUAUAAUUCUGUAUGCCCAAUUUAGUAUGGAUUCAUGUUGUAUACUGAAUGUUUCUAAAAUUCUAAUAUUGAUUAAAUAUAUAAUUAAUUUGAAAAUAAAUUUGCAUUUCUUAUUCAAUA